UUUGAAUGUAAUUUAAAUUAAGUGAAGCACAGUGUCGACCAAACAGUUUGGUAGGGAAAAAAUGCCCUAUAACAGCCGAGUGAAAUUUUCAAACUCUUUUAUACAGUAUAUACCGCGAACCACUCCUCACACGCACCUCAUCGUCGAUUCUCCUGCUCCAUUGCAGUCACCAAAGUCGCUCCUCCUCCAUCAUCGCAGUCGCGUGUGUGGCUUCUUCGACCAAGCAUCAGUGGCGCUUCGAGAAGUACUUGGGCCUCCAUUGUUAGCACCACCAUCACCAUUUUUCUGCUACUACCAGUUCGCCUAUCUUCAAACAACCCCGAGAUCAAUUGAUUUUCAGGUUCAAGCUGUCGCAUUGAAUCAUCAUGUGCCACAAGUUCUACUUAGUGGAUCCUUUGAUCAUACAGUAGUCAUGAAGGAUGGAAGGAUACCUUCUCAUACAAGAUUUAAGUGGUCAGUUUCAGCAGAUGUUGAAACUGUAGCAUGGGAUCCACACACUGAGCAUUCAUUUGUGGUCUGUGUUUACACUGUAUCUAUCUUGAGCUAUUUUCAUUUUUUGUUUUCCAAGUAUGCAAAGCACAAGGGAUUUCAUUUUGAAUUGGGAAGACAUCGAGAGUGGCAAUACACAAAUUAUGUCUAUAGAUACCAGUAACCAUAAAAAUACUGGAAAUUUAUUUACUUUUUCGUUUGAUAGAACCUAAAGGUGCAUCUUUAGCUCGAUCUUCUUGCACUACAAAAUAUUAUGUGGGUCGGUUGAAUGAGUUAUUGAUAAAUUAACUUUUUGAUUGUGAAAAGGGGACAAGUGCUUAGUUAAUGUUCAUUUUCACUCAUUUGAUUAGGUAGCCACUAACUGGUCAUUUUUGUGUUGUAAACUGUAAGAUGUGUCCAUAUUAUUGUUUCUUGCAUUGUUUUGGUGGCAUUUCGAGUUGCUUUUUAGGUUAUUUCUAGGUGGAGAAGUGGGAUGUCAUGGCAUAUAGGUCAAUAUUAAGCUGUGUUGGGCCAAGCCAUGCCAUAAGCAAUACCUAUUUUGGAAUCUUGUUCUUUGAGCUAGAAUUUUUUGUUGGUUACCCUGCCAAUUUUAAUAAAUAUAAAUGUCUGCAAAGUAGGUAGUAAUUUUUGGCAUAGAAGAAGCUUUUGUGCGACUUGAUUUAAUGUUGGUUGGUGUUUCAAGUACUUGGUUUAUUCUUUUCAUUUUUUAAUGUUGUUAUGUGCUUUCUUAUGGAAGUCACUGAGCAGACUUUCACUUUGAGUUAUCCUAUAUUGAGGCAAAUGUUGCCAAAUUUCCUAGGUCAGUGUAUUUGAAUUUAAUGUUUAUUCCUAGAUAUACUCUACACUACACAGUUGAUUGAGUGGUGGUCCUAACGAUUUGGAAAAAUCAUGUUGAUUGUUAGCUGACAUGUUAAUUUGCACUUUCUUUCUUUGUUUGGGCCUAUAAACGAA